AGAACGUUUUUGUAACUUUUAGUAGCUGAUGUUUAUUUUAAGCACCCAUUUCAAACUCUGGUAUUAGUUCACACUGACUGAAAUGAUCCUGUAACAUAAGAACUCCACAAACUCUUAAAAAAAAAAAAGAAGUUACCUACCUACUUGCAUCUAAUCUUCUUGAAACCGGAUUAGCUAUAUAAACAUUCACACUACGGAAUGCAGAAGAUGAAGAAUUCUUUGCCCUUACAGUACACACAGAGUUUUUUCCAGCACUCUCACCCUGUCUGUCUGCACAGUCCCAAACACUGGCAAAAGUAUACUAGCCCCUCUCAGUUGGUCUCAAUCAGUGAAUUGCUGGAAUAAAACCAGGCAGUUUGAAAUAAAGAAGCUGGUAUCUGAUUUGUGAAGGUACAUACAGUAAACAUUACACAGAUAAUGUAUAAUUAUCUGCCUCAUCAUAAGUAACAUGGGUUUAUGAAUGGAUAAUUAUGUUACACUUGGUAGUGGAAAGGAGUAGCUUUUUAAGAGAAGCAUGCUCUUAAGUUAUGAGAGUAGUUUGAUUUAAGACCCUCUGGAAGGCACAGAACAAAGUUAGCUGGCAGAGAGGUUCCAUGUUACUUCUUUAUUGGAGGCUCCCUGUCCCUCAGUCUGGUGGGCCUCUGAAAGCUGUUGCAAAGCCUCAGCAGUGACUCUCAAAUCAAGCCCAACUGAAGAUGUCACAGAAUGGAAACAGAAAAAUUGCAAUGAAGAAUUCAAGAAAAUAUUAAGGUUGCUGAUUUCCAGAAUAAAGCUCCGCACUAGAUGUAAUUCACCAGGAGGGACUGUUGUUACUUCAUAGGGAACUUGUAAUUUAAGUACAAACAAGGUGCCUUUUCCUGGAGAUCACUGGGGCAUUUAGGGAGGGUGAAAAGAAUACCGCUUGCUACAUUUCUCCUGUGCUCCAAAGCACCAUAUGGAAGCAGCCGUCACUGCUGAGGACAGUGGUAUCUCCAAGCUCUACUGGAUUUUUCUUGUCUAUGCCUGAGACUGCAAGUCUGUAUGACAGAGUAAGGAAAGAAAGCCUACUCUUCCAGCCCCUCCAAUGUAAAGUGUGUGUGAACACAUGGCAGGCCUCUUAACCUCAGGCAAAUUUAUUUUUCUUAUGUGAUGUGGACUCCUGGCUAAAUACUUCAAGAUGAUCCAGUAUGUCCUUGACACUAGAAACACCUGACUCAGCUGUGAAGUAUCUUCUCUGGUAGAAGCCUUUUGACAGAAGGUUAAAACUCAGUGAUUUUCUAAGAGGCAAUAACAAUAUCAGCAAUGGCUAUCACAGGAAGACAAUUCAUUACCAUAAGUAAUUUGAAGACAACUGAUGAAGCUGAAUCAGUGAUGAGGCUUGGAAAAGUUGCACAGUUGUUCUGAGACAGUAAGCAAAAAACCAAAGUGGCAAAUAACGUCAAAGCGAGACAGCGAAACGAAGUGGUUUCUACAGCCACAUAUUUGAUAGGAAUGGAGAAUGAGAGGAGAUGAAACCAUUUUGUAGUUUAAUGCUGUACAUUGGACAGAAUGAGCACCAACUCAAGAAGAAAAUUCACUGAAGUAGUAUCUGUGUAUCAACACAAUUCUCUUUUCAGUCUGCAUAUAGACAUGCUCUCAAAUCACAGCAAGUAUCAUCUGGUUUUAGAAUCUCUUUCCGAAAUAUAGUCCAUAUAACAGAUGUCCUUAACUGCUUGUAAUUCUUUUUUAAAAAGAGGCUUACGUAUCAUACCCCACAGCUCCUCUGAUGUUUCCAAAAAACAAGAAUUAAUACAUUUAACUACCAGAGAUCUCUACUUCAGUAUGCAAAUAUCUUGAAAUUUUCCUCUUGUGAUAACUGAUGAUAUAAAAAAUGCAAGUCUUUUUCCAUCUCCAGCAUUUCUUUAAUUGAUUAUGACCCAACUUGCUUGUAAAUUCCUUGUGGCAUUUUAACUCAGUGUUUCCUAUAUGAACUGGAAUGUGACACUUGAGCUUACUACUACUAGACUUCCCUAUUGGCUGUAGAUCCAUUUAAAUCCAAGAUGAUUGUAAGAAGUUGCUCAACCUAGUCAAUCUUUUGCUAAGGAUUUUCUAGUGUGUUUUUUUUUUCUUACACCACCUGCUUAUUCAUCAGGUACAAAGGUUGAACAAAACCAAAGUGCUAUUGCACCAUAUUAUUUCUUGUCAGUACAUCGAAAAAAUCUACACAUGUGUACAUACACAGCCUCUAAGAAGCAACAGAAAAGGUAAGAUAUUUGGUACAUCUUUUUCAAAAUGUAGGCAAAGAUUUUUAGUAUGACUUUGUUGCUAGACUGGAAACAAAUAGAGCUUGAAAUACAUUAAAAGUUCAGGAAUUACUAUGAACCUUGGACAUGCAAGUUGUUAAGUAAACUGUACUUCAGCACAGGAACAGCCCGUUUCUUCUCCAAAAACCAGACUACCUGACUAUGUGAACUCCAUUUCCUCCCCAAACCAGUCUUUUUCUUUACAAAUAUAAGAAAAACAAUAGGAAUUACAUACUAUUAAAUGAUAACAUCGUAAAAAGUUAUCUGAGGCAAACUUUUUUAAGAGAACUCUUCUAAUUACAAGGAAAUGUCAAGCUACGACCAAUGUAUUCCCACCCUCAGUUUCUUUCCAAAGAAAUUACUUUAAAAAGCAAUUUUAAAAAUCUGGUUCUAGCAAAAAAGCUAAACUGCAAUUAAAAUUACAGAUGUUUUCCUGUUCUAUCGAUUAUAUAGGUUCACACAUAAACAAUGUAAGAAAUUGAAUCUGUAAGAAACCCCCUAACUUUUCAGUAGAAACUAGAGUAAAAACUACGAACUAUGAUUUCGACUUUUGUCGAAUUUUUAUGUAGAGUGAAUUUUAGACAGGAAAAGGAUUUUUCAAGUUAAUGGCAUCCCCUUCAUCCAGACAUUUUAACUUUUUCUUGAAAUUUUGAAAAACUUUAACUUUCAUUUGCAACUUGUUAUUAACUUACAGACUUCCUUUUUUUAAUAUAUUUCCCCCAUUCUAUUAAAGAAAGUAUUUUUCUUGAAAUCUGAAAACUACAAUAAUACUAUUAACCUGUAUUUCUAGAUUGCCUGGUUAAGGCCUGUUUUAUUUCUGAGCAUUUUGGAAGCAGUACCUUUAAGGUCCAAGUAUGCCACAAGAUCCAGCAGUUAACAUAGUCUACAUCAGGAGUUCUCAAACGACAUCCCAUUUUCCACUAGCAAUACACGAACUGCCUUCAAAAAAUGUAUGCAGGUCACCAGUACCAUCACUGACAAGAACAACACCUAACACAGAACAUAAUACCACAGUGGCUGCUGCUGCUAGUACCCCUUGUCCAUGCCACUGAUGACGUCUAACAAAAAGGUUUAUGAACUCUUUUUUUGUAUUUAAUGGAAGUUUCUAGCAGCAGUAAAAAUACAAAAUGUAUCACAGGAUUGUAUGUGGUACUUAUCUUCUUCUUUCCAAGAAGCUAUUAAGUUUCCAGGCUGAUUCAGUUAGGUGAAUGAGGUCAGUUCUUAGACACGUAAACAUAUAGAAGCAAUCAAUCAGAUUUGACCAAUUUGUUCUGUGACUUCACCUACUCCACAUCGAUCAGCAAAGAUGUCGUGGCACUCUUUUUAAGGGUUGGUGGAGUUUUUUUCUUAAUCUGACUGGCUGUCAAUAUUUAGCAUUGUUUCUGCAAUUGAGCUUCCUUAUGCAAUUUCCCCCACUCUUCUCUGUUAAAUUCAGUGAAUACUCUACAGCACAGGCACUUUAGGCACUUUAUAAACAUAUCUUACACCUUAUCUUUUGGAUCUUUUUUAAUCUGGAAUACAGAAAUCUGGGAAGGAGAUACUGGCACUUAGCUCACUAUCUUUUCUUCAGAUGCUGGAGAAGAAGUGUGAAAAUGAAGGAAUAAUUUACCUUUUACAUAACAUUUUAACUCAAGUCCAGCACAAACAGGGACUGAUUUAACAUCUGACAGAGAUAGUUUAACAUUCCUAUUCAAAAUUAAUAGAUCUUGCAAAUAAUGCCUGAUUCAAAGGGGAUGAAUGAGUGACACCUUCUGACAGAAGUUAUGUCACAGUGAAUACCAUUUGUCAGAAAGGCUUUCCUCACUCUCAGAAAAUAAGGUUUAAACCUGUACAAAAACUCCAGCACAAGAGACUGAACCAUGUUUACUUAGUUCCAAAGAUCAGAGCAACAACCUCACCUUCAUAACAUAGAGGUCCAGGUUUAUGUUAUAUGACAUAUGUUAUAUUAUGGAUAAUAAAGAGAUUAGAAGAUCAAUCUAUUAAUUGAAAAUUCACAAAAACCUGCUUAAUAACUUACAUAAGAACACGAGAGAAAUCUGACUGGAUAAACCAACAAUCAAUCUGGUAGUGUUCUGCCUCUGUCAGUGGCCACAAAAGAAAUUAUUUAGGGAGAACAUGCAAGCCUGAAUACUUUCUGCCGUUUACUCCUAUCAUAGUCUUCCAGUACUCAUAACCACUUUAACGGGGAUAUUAAUGAGUAUUCCCUGCCUCUUUGUUUUAUCCAUUUAUGACACUGCUGUCUAUUAACUUGUCUAAUCAAUCUAUUUGCUGAUACAGUCUGCUCACUGGAUUUUAAGUUUGUCUCAAUUAAGCAAAAACUGAACACGUUAAUUCUAAUAACAUAUGGUUUUCCUUACAUUUUCCUUUACAUUUAAAAAUAUUUAUGUUGAACAAAUUAUUUAUGUAGAAUAAAUUAGCAUUGAAAUAACUGUAUCUAUUAAUUUGUUAAACUACCACUAUAGAAGGCAUGGGUAUUCUGGCCUUGGUAUACAAAAGUGUUGUUUUCUACUAGGCUCUAACCAUGAAACUUUCUUGGUUUGCGAUCUGGGCUGGAAUACUAUUUCUGAAUCCAGUCACUGCUGACUGCAACAUUACUUCUCAAACUGUCACUUGUGAGGAGUCUGGAAAAAACUUUUCUAAGAUCUGCACUAAUCUUUUCCAAAACGUUACUAAAUUAAGCCUCAGAAAUAAUAAAAUCAGUUUAAAAAACAGUGACAAAGAGAUUCUUGGAAGUUUUAUUAGCCUCACUGAACUUUAUCUGAAUGAAAAUAUGAUUACUGUACUGUAUAAUCACAGCUUCUGCAACCUGACAAAACUUGUAAUUCUGGAUAUCAGCAACAAUCAUAUUAGCACAGUUCAUAAAGCAGCAUUUGCAGGAUUAAAUCAACUGUCAGUGCUGAAUCUAUCCUAUAAUGCAAUUACUCAACUAGAUUCAGAUGUAUUUACUUCUCUAAUAAGUCUGACAGUUUUAAAUCUACAACAUAACUUACUGAAAUCUCUUCAUAUAAAAUCAUCUUUUAAAUUGAGUAGAAUUGUUUUAGCUGGAAACCCAUGGACCUGCUCCUGUGACCUCCUUAAUUUACACAUAUGGCUAAUGGCCUCCAACGUGACAAUGGAAAAUGAAAACACCACUACAUGUACACUCCCAAACACCAAGGAAAAAUUCUCCAUCAAGAUGGCAGCUAUUCAACCAGCUGACUGCAAAACUGGAAAAGAUUCUUUAGAAAACACUGUAACUUCCACUUCUGCCAUAAAACUUAAAAGCAAUGCCUUACUAACAGCUCUGACUCCAAGCAACAUCACUGGAAUCAAUGGAACACAUGCAGGGUUACCACUUGUUGGCAAAAGUUGGACCUUCCUAGUGGGUGUCCUAGGGUUUGUCUUAAGCACUACACUCCUGAUUUUUACCGCUAUAAAAUGCCCAACAUGGUAUCACUAUUUGAUCAGCUACAGCCACCGUCGUCUGGAAGAAAAUGACUCAGAGAUGUCUGAACAGGAGUUUGCUGCUGAUAUGAGUCCUUUUCCUACAGAAUUGGGUACAAACAAUGAAGAUCCCAUAGUAAUAUUUGAGAAAAGUCAUGCAUUUGUGUCUGGGGAAGAUGGCUGUACUGAGGACAAAGACAUAGAUUCUUAUAGUACUGAGAAGAGUUCAAGUCUUAAAUAAUAGGUGAUGAACUGACUUUUCAAAACCAUAGUACACUUGUACUUCCAUAUUACUCUACUGAUGUGCAAUACAAAAUGAAGCUAAGCAGUCUAUCUCCUUUCAUCUCAUCAAAUCCAUAACAUUGCUGCAUGAAUCAUGAAGCUAAAAAUGUAAUGUGCGUGAAUUAGUAUCAUAACAAAUAUUUCAAAACAUGCAAAAAACCACCCAUAAUCCAUCUUUUAUAAAAAUUUAUUUGCUUACUUAUGGUGGGGGCUGGGGGAGAGCUUACUUGUAUAUUGCUUAACAUGAACAAGUCUUUACAGAGUAGCUUGUGAAGCUGGCAUAAUUUAAUUGUGAAAAAUUUAACUGCUUUAAUUGUGAAUAAGUCUAGAAAAGAAAAAUAAUUUCUCUAAAACGUUGAAGCAGACCACAGCCAGACGGGGGACUGAAUCUAAAUCAAUGGUGUCACAGCUUAGAAGUAGUCUAUUAGGCAAAACCAACACAAUCAGAGAACAGAGUAUUUGUUGGUUUUUUUUUAACCAAAUUAGCAGAACAAAAAAGACCAACUGCUCUACUCCCUUAAAUGUGUCUACAUACAGUACAACAAUCAAUUAUUAUUACUGCAUACCUAAUGUCUUUUUGUCUUAGUUUGCUACGGAACCAAGUUUUUUCUCUUCAUGUUUUCUUAACACUUAAAAACGCAUUCAGGGGUAAAACAGAUGUGGUUUUGGGCUGUUGAAAACCACAGCAUUACUGAAAAGUGCCUUCUUAUUAAAUGGUAAUUUUUUUUUUAAAAAGUUUUUAUUUAUACUUUAAAAUCUCAUCAUUGAGAUUGCUCUUAUGGGCAACAAGGAUCGUAUCUCUUUCUCCUGCACAUACCUGUCCUGAAAUUAAACAUCUCAGAAACACAUCCUCUCAACCUAUCACUACACAAGCUGUUCUCAUGGGUUACAAAUUCUUACUGUAAACAUCUCACUGCCCUCAUCUUCACCUCCACACACCUCUACCUUACCAAACAGGAAUGUCAAUUCUAGUUCACACUUCUGUUUGCUUUCUCCAUUCUGCUACUCCACAACACAACCUCUAGAACUCAGGACCUUGACAGCAGGCUGCCAAAAGACAGGAGUCUCCACUGCCACCUAACUCCUCCUGGAUGGUGUGGAAAGUAUCUCCACAGGAGUUACUCAGAAGAGUUUAAAACUAGGAACUCCAGCUGAAGCCCGUCACUGACAUAUCAGGUACCACUUGGGGCAUGCAUCACACUUGAGGGACUUCUGAAUUAGUUAACAUCUCAAUUUUGCCAAUUUCAAUUAUGGUUUUAACAGCUCUGGAGGAGGAUACACUUACUGU